AUGGACACAACAUACGAUCUAUCGAAUCCAGACUUUGAAGGGGAACUGACGAAGCGAAGUGUAUGGCUAAAGGAGUGGCGCGCGCGAUACUUUGUCCUCAAAGGAAAUAAGCUCUACUUCUGCCGCGUCAAAGGCGAGAGUCCCCACGGAGUGAUCGACCUCUCCGAAUGCCUCACCGUGAAAUCGGCCGAAGAGAAGACCAACAAGCGAUACUGCUUUGAAGUGGCGACGCCGGAAUCAACGUACUACAUGCACGCUGAAAGCGAGAAGCAGAAGGAAGAAUGGAUUGGGGCGAUUGGUCGCGCCAUCGUCAAGUUUUCGAGCUCAUUCACUGGUGAAGAAGGGGCGAACGACGAAGAAGUCUAA